AUGGGAAAGGAAAAGAUCCACAUCAACAUCGUGGUCAUCGGCCAUGUCGACUCCGGCAAGUCCACCACCACCGGUCACCUGAUCUACAAGUGCGGAGGAAUCGACAAGAGAACCAUCGAGAAGUUCGAGAAGGAAGCCGCCGAGAUGGGAAAGGGCUCCUUCAAGUACGCCUGGGUGCUGGACAAACUGAAGGCAGAGCGUGAGCGUGGUAUCACCAUCGACAUCGCUCUGUGGAAGUUUGAGACCAGCAGGUAUUACGUGACCAUUAUCGAUGCCCCCGGACACAGGGACUUCAUCAAGAACAUGAUCACCGGCACCUCUCAGGCUGACUGCGCCGUGCUGAUCGUUGCUGCCGGUGUCGGCGAGUUCGAGGCCGGCAUCUCCAAGAACGGUCAGACCCGCGAGCACGCCCUGCUGGCCUACACCCUCGGUGUGAAGCAGCUCAUCGUCGGAGUCAACAAGAUGGACUCCACCGAGCCCCCCUACAGCCAGAAGCGCUUCGAGGAAAUCACCAAGGAAGUGAGCACCUACAUCAAGAAGAUCGGCUACAACCCCGCCACCGUCGGCUUUGUCCCCAUCUCUGGGUGGCACGGAGACAACAUGCUGGAGGCCAGCGAAAAGAUGAGCUGGUUCAAGGGAUGGAAGGUCGAGCGUAAGGAAGGCGGCGCCACUGGCGUGACCCUGCUGGAGGCUCUGGACUCCAUCCUGCCCCCCUCCCGCCCCACAGACAAGGCCCUGCGCCUGCCCCUGCAGGACGUCUACAAGAUUGGCGGUAUUGGAACCGUCCCAGUCGGCCGCGUAGAGACCGGCAUCCUGAAGCCCGGCAUGGUCGUCACUUUUGCCCCCCCCAACCUGACCACCGAGGUGAAGUCCGUGGAGAUGCACCAUGAGACUCUGACCGAGGCCCUGCCCGGCGACAACGUCGGCUUCAACAUCAAGAACGUGUCCGUCAAGGAGAUCCGCCGUGGCAACGUGGCGGGAGACAGCAAGAACGACCCCCCCAUGGCGGCCGACAACUUCACCGCCCAGGUCAUCAUCCUGAACCACCCGGGUCAGAUCUCCCAGGGUUACGCUCCCGUGCUGGAUUGCCACACCGCUCACAUCGCCUGCAAGUUCAGCGAGCUCAAGGAGAAAAUCGAUCGGCGUUCCGGCAAGAAGCUCGAGGACAACCCCAAAGCUCUCAAGUCCGGAGACGCCGCCAUCAUCAACAUGGUGCCGGGAAAACCCAUGUGUGUGGAGAGCUUCUCCCAGUACCCCCCACUGGGCCGCUUCGCCGUGCGCGACAUGAGGCAGACCGUCGCUGUCGGCGUCAUCAAGUCCGUCGACAAGAAGCUCGCCUCGGGCGGCAAGGUCACCAAGUCCGCACAGAAGGCCGACAAGAAGAAAUGAAUUCUCCUGCAGGACGUCCAGCAACGAGCCACGUCCCAGCAGCGGCCCGCCGCGUCCCUCCUCCUCCUCCCCCUCCCGCUCCCCCCCCUCCCUCGCCACCCUGCACCGUCUCCUCUGAGGCAGAGCUCUCUACUCAAGGACUGGCUUAUGCUGAUCAAAACUCAUCGGAAAAGUUUCCGCAGGAAAGGAAGGCCUGUGCCUCUUAGGGGAAGCUAUGAUCGUAAUUGAGUUCACACCAAAACAAUAAAAAUCUUAAACAUUGCCAAAUGAA